UGAAAUGGGCUGGCAUGAUCCGAUUUACCACGCGGUAGAGGAUCCCCUUGCCAUUUCCGCGCUGUGCACGCCCUUGGCUUGACAUUGCGCGAUAAUGGAGAAGAUUGGGUGUAGGUGGGCGCCAUCAAGAUGGAAAAAAAGCUAGACGGGGCUUUCCCCCUUUGGCCCCGCCCGCGCCCGCGCCCGCGAGUGGUCUUCCGGAGCCGGAUGUCUCGAGAGGCAAACUUGGCUAUGACUGUGCUUCCCCCGACCCUCCCACGCCUCACCAUCGCCCAAUCUGCCUGUCACUGGAUAGCGAGUGUUGAGAAGAGUGUCAGUCCAGAACUGUGGGCAGUCAACAUCGGCCGGGUAGACAGAACCAGAGACCCAGAGACCCAGAGACAACGAACGGCCCCGAAACGAACCCCGCGCCCAAGAUGGCCUCCGAUUCCGGAACGCAACCGCCCGCCGUGCUCAAGGAGGCCGAGCAGACGCCGCAACUAGACGGCCCGGGCCAGCUUGCUGCCGCCUUCCCCAUGGGCCUGUCGCUGGCGUCCCGCUCCGUCCAUGCCGACGACUACAUCAACUCUCACCCAGCCGUCGCCCCGCCCAUGCACGUCUCGACCACGUUCCGCUACUCUCGCAAGCCCGACGACCUGUCGCCCUGGACCAACGUCAACCCCGCGGCGCCCUAUGACUCGCACGUUUACGCGCGCAAUAGCGCGCCCAACACGACGCGGAUGGAGGCGGUGCUCACCUCUGCGCUGGGCGGGCCGUGCCUGACGUACGCGUCCGGGCUGGCGGCGUUCCACGCCAUAGUGGUGUUCCUUAACCCGAAGCGCAUCGCCAUCGGCGGCGGCUACCACGGGUGCCACGGCGUCAUCGACGUGGUGGCGCGGCUGAGCGGGCUGCAAAAGGUCGAUCUCGAGGACGAGGCGGCGCUGGCGACGCUGCGGCCCGGCGACGUCAUCCACGUCGAGACGCCGCUCAACCCGACGGGCGAGGCCCGCGACCUGGCGCACUACCGCCGCGUCGCCGACAAGCUCGGCUGCUACCUCACCGUCGACGCUACGUUCGCGCCGCCGCCGCUGCUCGACCCGCUCGCGCUCGGCGCCGACGUCGCCAUGCACAGCGCCACAAAGUACUUUGGCGGCCACUCGGACAUGCUCAGCGGCGUGCUGGCCCUGCGCCCCGACCACGCCGCGGCCUGGCUCGCCCGCCUGCGCGAGGACCGCCUAUUCCUCGGCAGCGUCAUGGGAAGCCUCGAGGGCUGGCUCGGCGUGCGCAGCCUGCGCACCCUCGAGCUGCGCGUCCUGCGCCAGAGCGCGAGCGCCCAGGCCCUGGUCGACUGGCUCGCCACGGCCACCACCGCUCCCACCGCUCCCACCGCUCCCACAGACGCAGACAGCGACAGCGCGGUCCUCUCGUCGUUCGUGCUCAAGAUCCAGCACGCGUCGUUGCAGCCCGAAGCCAAGGACCCAACCUCGUGGCUGCGCGCGCAGAUGCCCAACGGCUACGGCCCCGUGUUCGCGCUGUGGCUGCGCGACGCCGACGACGCCCGCCGCCUGCCCAGCAAGCUGCACCUGUUCCACCACGCCACCAGCCUCGGCGGCGUCGAGAGCCUGAUCGAGUGGCGCGCCAUGUCGGAUAUUGGCGUCGACAAGCGCCUGCUGCGCGUCAGCGUCGGUGUCGAGGCCUGGGAGGAUCUCAGAGAGGACCUGCUGCAGGGCUUCCGUGCGCUGAGGGCGGAUGCUGUUGCUGCUCGUGCUGGUACUGGUGGUGGUGAUACUGCUGCGAGGUAGGAGGCAGACAGGCAGGUAACCGAACUACCUAUACCUAGGCUAUAAAGCAAUAGAAACAUUAUUAGUGAUGAGAAUCAAUUUGUCUCCUGUGUCUCUAUCACUUGCUCGGUCCAAAGGCCGGAUGCAAUCUCCCCUUUCCUUUGGGUGAGUUUUGCAAUACCAACAUGAUCAGUCUCACAUACAUGCACACGCAUUUGCAGACGUCCGUCCAUGAGUGACUAGGUAAAGUGAAUAACAACCAGGAAAUUUAGGGUAUUCCCACUUGCUUG